AGCGAUCCCACCCCGCCCAAGAGCUGCGUGAUGGAAGAUUAAUAAACAGCUCCUGUUUCGAGGGUAAAGAACGUUUUUUAAAAAUCGAAAACUACAAUUGUGUUACUGCCGUUAUUUUUCCCUGGUGAUCUCCAAUAUUGUAAGAUUCAGCCUCUUUGACUCUCUGACAGCGCCUGAAAGUUUGCGUAAUAAACAGGCCAGAAUCAUGAAGUUGUGGGAAAGACCAUUUCGUUGACUCGAGAUUCGGACAGAAGGGUGAAGGAAAGACCGUGCUGUCGUUCUAGGACAGAAAGCAGGCUCGGCAGCUCCAGACGGCGGAAUUCAGAUGCCGCUCACGGAUGCCUCUGGCCCUCGCCGUUAAUGGAAUAAAAAGUGCCCGGCAGGGGCGGGGACGGACGUCUGGCAACCCUCCAAGCUCGGGCCAGCCCUGUUGUUGUCCACCCCCUUUUUCUCCCGGCUGAUGGGCCAGGCCGGGAGGGGGCGGGGCCGACAGGUGCCUUCAUGAAUAACUUAAAUGACCCUCCCAACUGGAACAUCCUGCCCAAUCGGCGCGAUCCCGGCGGUGACGGCAGCCGCUGGAAUUACGCCCUGCUGGUGCCCAUGCUGGGCCUGGCCGCCUUCCGGUGGAUCUGGACCAGAGAAUGUCAGAAAGAAAUAGAAAAAGAGAAAGAAGAGUACUACAGGAAAGAGUCAGCUUUACAACAAGACCUGGAGGGCAAAUACCGGGAUAUAAUCACAGAGAACCGCCGCGCUGUGGCUCACCUGGAGGUGGAGCUGGAGAAGGAACGCAACAGGACCCUGAGCUACCGGGAAGCGCUCGUGUCCCAGAGCCGCAAACUGGUGGAAGAGAGGAGGCUCCUAGAGCAGGAGCAGGAGAAGCUGGAGAGAGAAAAACAAGUCUUUUUGCACUCUGGAGCAGAAGGUUCCUUGUACCAGAGUUGCCUGGCAAAGGAGGAAGAGUGGCAGCAGAGAGCCAAUAUUUUACUGAAAGAAUUUGAAGAGGGACUGAAGGAAAGACAGGACAUCUACUGUAGUCUUGUAGUACCCAGAAGUCAGAGACUAGAAAUAGAGAAAAAUCUGCUAGUUAAAGCAGCAACUAAUCCUGUUGCUGUGGCUUUACAUGUGGAGAGUGGCUUACAAGAUAUUUUCAAACAUGAUAACUACUGUGGCAAUGUGCUGAACAGAACCAGAAGUCAAAAUGGAAAGCUUAUGUGGCUGUAUCUGAGAUACUGGGAACUAGCUGUUGAGCUGCAGAAAUACAAGAGAGUAGAAAAGGCCAUGCUAGGAAAACGCUAAGUAGGGGAAGCAGAGGGAUUC